AUGAGUUUCGUCGUCGGGGGAAGUGGUAGCGGCGGAGGAGACGGCGGAGACGGUGGUGGUGGUGGUAGACAACGUCACGACGCGUCUGAAACUGAUAGGAAGAAGAAACGUUACCAUCGUCAUACCGCUCAACAGAUUCAACGCCUCGAAUCGAGUUUCAGGGAGUGUCCUCAUCCAGAUGACAAGCAGAGGAAUCUACUCAGCAAAGAGUUGGGUUUGGCUCCGAGACAGAUCAAGUUCUGGUUCCAGAACAGACGAACUCAGCUUAAGGCGCAACAUGAGAGAGCAGACAACAGUGCACUAAAAGCAGAGAACGAUAAGAUUCGAUGCGAAAACAUUGCCAUCAGAGAAGCUCUCAAGCAUGCUAUAUGCCCUAACUGUGGAGGCCCUCCCGUUAGUGAAGAUCCUUACCUAGACGAGCAAAAGCUCCGCAUGGAAAACGCUCAUCUCAGAGAAGAGCUUGAAAGAAUGUCCACCGUUGCGUCAAAGUACAUGGGAAGACCAAUCUCAUCUCACAUCUCAACUCUACAUCCAAUGCACAUCUCACCGUUGGAUCUCUCCAUGACUAGUUUAGCUGGUGGUCCUUCGCUUGAUUUCGAUCUUCUUCCAGGGAGCUCUAUGUCUAGUAACUUUGCUGUAUCUGACAUGGACAAGCCUAUUAUGAACGACAUUGCUUUGACCGCUAUGCAAGAACUGCUCAGGCUUGUUCACACAAACGAGCCUCUGUGGAGUAGAUCAGAUGGAUGCGGAGAGGUUCUCAAUCUUGGAAGCUAUGAGAAUGUUUUCCCAAGGUCAAGUAACCGAGGGAAGAACCAUAACGUGAGAAUCGAGGCGUCUAGGUCUUCCGGUAUUGUUUUCAUGAAUGCUAUGUCACUUGUCGACAUGUUCAUGGACUGUGCCAAGUGGGCAGAGCUGUUUCCUUCAAUCGUCGCCGCUUCUAAAACGCUUGCAGUGGUUUCUUCAGGAAUGGGAGGUGGUACCCAUGAGGGUGCAUUGCAUUUGAUGUAUGAAGAGAUGGAAGUGCUUUCUCCACUAGUAGCAACACGCGAGUUCUGCGAGCUACGCUACUGUCAGCAGAUUGAGCAAGGGAGCUGGAUAGUUGUCAACGUCUCAUAUCAUCUUCCUCAGUUUGUUUCACACUCUCACUCCUAUAGGUUUCCUUCUGGAUGCUUGAUUCAGGACAUGCCUAACGGAUACUCCAAGGUUACUUGGGUUGAGCAUACUGAAACCGAAGAGAAAGAACCGGUCCAUGAGAUGUACAGAGACAUGGUUCACAAAGGGAUUGCUUUUGGAGCUGAACGUUGGGUUACUACUCUCCAGAGAAUGUGUGAAAGGUUUGCGUCUCUUUUAGCACCAGCAGCUUCAUCCCUCGGUGGAGUGAUUCCAUCGCCGGAAGGGAAGAGAAGCAUGAUGAGACUAGCUCAUAGAAUGGUUAGCAACUACUGUAUAAGUGUCAGCAGAUCUAACAACACUCGCUCAACGGUUGUUGCGGAGCUGAACGAAGUUGGUGUCCGUGUGACUGCACAUAAGAGCCCUGAACCAAACGGCACUAUCCUCUCUGCUGCUACCACCUUCUGGCUACCAAACUCUCCUCAAAACGUCUUCAACUUCCUCAAAGACGAAAGAACACGUCCUCAGUGGGAUGUUCUUUCGAAUAGUAACGCGGUUCAAGAAGUUGCUCAUAUAGCAAACGGAUCACAUCCUGGAUGCUGCAUAUCGGUUCUACGUGCAUCGAGUGCAUCACAGAGUAACAACAUGCUGAUUCUACAAGAAACCUCAAUAGACUCAUCAGGAGCACUUGUUGUGUACAGUCCUGUGGAUUUAUCGGCGCUGAACAUUGCAAUGAACGGCGACGAUACGUCAUACAUUCCAAUCUUGUCCUCAGGCUUCGCAAUCUCACCAGACGGAAACCGCAAUAGUCCAAGUGCUGAGCAAGGAGGAGCCUCGUCGUCAAGCGGUUAUGGAGGAGGAGGGUCAUUGAUAACGGUUGGGUUUCAGAUAAUGGUUAGCAACUUACCGUCUGCUAAACUUAACAUGGAGUCAGUAGAAACGGUUAAUAACCUGAUUGGAACCACAGUGCACCAGAUUAAAACCGGGUUGAACAACUGUCCUAGUGCUUCAACUACAGCUUGAUGCAACAACCAAUUAAAAGCUCUUUUCUGCUUUUUUCUUCUGGGUGUCUCUUUCUCUUCAAUGAUGGAUCAGAGAAAGUGAAUGCCAUAGAGAGAGAGAGAAGAAAGGACAUUAACUUCAAAUUGUUCUGUUCUUGGACAAAACCUCAUUUAAACAACCAGCUGGAUUCUUACUCACCUUCUUCCUCCUCAUCAUCUCUCUUCAUUUGUUGUUUCUUUUAAUGAGAUUUUUAGGUUUUUUUUACUAUUAUUAUUGUUUUUGGUUAGAAACUGGAAGUCAAGAACGCACCAUGCAAGUUCAAACUUUCUUUGUAUGGUUCGGGUAUUGACUUCUAUCGCAAGGUUUUUGUUUCUUUGUUACAGUUA